ACGACUUUGUCAAUUUGCCAGUCUGAGCAAGCGUUAUUCACCGUGUUCUGUGCCUGCCAAGAGGAUAACAGUUACCGUCAUACUUGUAACUUGUAUCGUGGCAUUCGUAGUCAUUCGGAAGAAGAUCUGGGUCACUGCUGUCACUGUGGAGACGACUCGUCUUGUUCAGGACAUUAACGAGGUGGGAGUGGUUCGUACUUCUAUUCCAGUGUGCGAGCCCGACGUCUCCAAAAUGGCGAGUGGGGUGGUACAGGGUGAUGCUCUCCGCUACGACGCGUUCCUUACAUAUGCGGACGAAGACAGGGAGUGGGUUGAGAAGCUGGUUGACCACCUGGAGGCAGCACCCUAUAACAUGAAGUGUGUCAACCACUACCGGGACUACCAUCCAGGCAAGACUGAGUGGGAAAAUAACCAGUUUUUCCUUGACGCAUCGGAUGCAUUCCUCGUCGUUCUCACUCCGUCCUUUGUCGACAGCAAGUGGAACACGUAUGACUUGGACCAGAUACUUGCUCACUCUAUGAGAGCAGAUCGGUCUACUAUUAUCCCCCUGAUAAAAGAGCCUUGUAGAGUGCCCUCUAGUCUCAAUCAUCUGAUUCCCAUCAAGGCGUCAGCAUCCUUCACAGAAUCCUGGUUCCACAAACUCUUGUCAACUCUCGGAUAUACAAGGUGCCAGGGAUGUUUAUCUGAUGAGCAGGUUCGAGCCUCACACUGGUGUAACACAUGCAACAUGACGAUCUGUAACCAAUGUCGUCAUCUGCACACGGAGCAGGACGAACACCAAGUCGUGGAUGUUCGGGAUCACCUUAGCAACAGCCUCAAAAGAAGUACCCUUCUUUGCAUUGAACACGGCCGAGCCAUCGAGAUGUAUUGCACGAGCUGUCAAGUAAGUCUGUGUCACACGUGUCAGGUUGUCAAUCACAGGACAUGUGACGACAUUGUGACUGUGUCUGAUGGCAAAGCCCUGAUCGAGGAGAACCUUGCUCGUAAACAGGCAACGAUCGAGCAAAAUCUCCAACGUGUUUCGUUAGAAGAAACCAGAUUGUCACAGGCACUGAUUGACUUGAACAGACACGUAGGUUCACGAAGGGACUACAUUGCUGAAGAAUUUGACCGACAGAGAAAGAUACUGAAGGAGAAGGAAGCUACCUUUAUGGCUGAAAUCGAGUCAAAAUUCCACAGUAAUGAAGCAGAGUUAAAAGACAGGAUUGUCUCAACCACUGAACUUGUGCGUCAGUCCAAGGAGCAUCUUCUGUUGAUAUCAAAUGCUUUGAAAUCCAAAUCUGAAAUAGAAAUGUGUGAAACUGACAUGAACGUCAAACCCCAGGCAAUACAAGUGACUUCGGAGGAGGAAAUAAACUCUCUAUCGGGAGCGAAUAUAAAUCUGCCUGAAAUGAACAUUGCGUUAACAAGUACACUGGAGAGUCCGGCCGCUGACUCGCCGGAUGAUGCAAGGCCAGAGAUGAACGAUAAGGCAGUUCUCGAAAAGAUAAUACACGCCGAAGGUGGCAAACACAGCAUGCAUGACAUGUGCCUCAUCACCGACAACGAUAAGAUUAUUAUUGUCGUCACGGACCCCGUCAAUCGGACACUAAGGUCAUUUUAUCAACAUGGGAUGAAGAUGUCUUCCAAUGCCAAGUUUAUUGGGGAUGCACCAAGGGGAGUAACGUCUGUGGGAGACCAGACUGUGGCCGUUAGCGUCCCUGAUACCAAGUCAAUCUUAUUCUUCAAGGUCACGCCCGGGAUAGAACUAGUCCGAGUGCUGGACUGUAACACCGUCUUUAACAGCUUGUGCUUCAUGAAGCCCAAUCUGUUUGUAGGGUGUUUUAAAGAUAAAGAUGGCCCCAAAUUGUAUUAUGUGUCUUACGAGGACGACACGUCUUCUAUCUUUUUGACAGCUCUCUGUGUGAUUAAUAAAACUAAACGACUCUUCGACGAUCCGUCAUAUUUGUGCAAAUCGGACGACGGUCUCGUUAUAGUUAGUGAUGCAGGCAAGGUCAAGGUCAUAUGUCUGGACGAAGAUGGCUGUGAGGUGUUUCAGUUUCCUCCGCUGAGGGAUGGGACAUUACAAUCGCCUAGAGGUGUUGCCGCAUCCACCAAAGGGGACGUAUUUAUUGCGGACCACGCUCAAAACGCCAUUAUCAAGGUCAAGGCUGAUGGCCAGUUUGUUGGACAGGUGUUGACGUCAAAUGACGGCGUAGUUGGCCCGUGUUGUGUAGCGACUGAUGCUGAUGGAAAACUGUACGUUGGACUGUCUAAUGGUGUGAUACAGAAGUACAGAUUACCGUCAACUAACUGACAACGCUGGUCAUUCCUGGAGUGAGUGAGUUGGAUUUGACGCCGAUCUGAACAUUAUCGCAGUUAUUUCGCAGUGUAUCACUCUGGUAUAACCAGGACGCAAAGGCAUAUGGUGCUGACAGACCAAGGAUAUUAGUCGAGGCGAAUCGAACCCACAAUAUUGCCAACUCUUAGGUCAUGCGUGACCCUGAAAUUCCGAGACAUCGUUAUGAACUCUCCAGCUAAUGUCUGGACCGUAGAAAAGGUCCUCAGCAACCCAUCCUUGCAUCCGGUAGAUGCAUGUCAUCGUAUCCCAAUUGCGUGGUGAUCGAUGCUCAUGAUGUCAAUCACUGGAUUGUCUGGUUCGAUUAUUUACAGACUGCCGCCACGUAGUUGGAAUAUUACCAUUGCCUUAAACCUAGUAUCCAUGCUGUAUUAGACUACACUAAAUAUUAAAGGACAACGUCAACAUUUAUGUGAAGUCAAUGUUGCCAUAAACCUUUUUCAUAAAAGGGAUGAAAAUAUGACAAAGGAUCACUGAAAAUCAGUGAUGACACACAAUAGUGCUCAGUACAAACAGUAACCCCGUUUCGGGGCUACUUCUUGCUCCUUCCUAGGGGGCACACUGAGUAAACUAUAUAUAUAUGUAUGUCGGGGCGGUCGGGUAGCCUAGUGGUUAAAGCGUUCGCUCGUCACGCCGAAGACACGGGUUCGAAUACCGACAUUGGUACAGUGUGUGAAGCCCAUUUCUGGUGUCCCCCGCCGUGAUAGAUAUAUAUAUAAUAGUAAUAUAUAUAUCCAAAAUAGUAAUUUACUUAAUUACACAAAAACUCUGGUUAUAAUUUUGAAGUUGAUAUAAUACACUUGGUGUUCAACACGUUCGUAAAGGUACAUUUAAUGUCGGUGAUGGAGAUUCUGUAUGUUUUUUUGUCCUCUCUGUACCGAAGCACGAAUGCAUUGUAAAGUUGUAACAAACAACUCGGUAUGAUGUCUAUAAUUAAUUAACAAGUAAUAUACUUGAGGAUAUAUUUCAUCUGUCAAAGUACAUACAUACAUACAUACAUACAUACAAACAUACAUACAUACAUACAUACAUACAUACAUACAUACAUACAUGGUGAAAUGGUGUUACUUAUACUUAUACUUAUAUUGCGACGUGCAUGCACGUGGGUGUGACUGCUUGUACUAGCCCGGACUAAUGCGACUUUAUUCUGCUAUUCCACUGAGAUACCAUGCCGCCGUGCAACAUGAAUACCCCACUCAGACAUAAUAUACUCCGAGCCGACCACUCCUUGUUUUAGCCCUUUAAUGCAGAGCGCCAGGCAGGGUAACAACAAGUACCAUCUUUUGUCAUGACGCAGCCGGGAUCGAAACCCGAUCCUUCCACUCUCUCGAAGGACGCUCCUCCCACUAGACCACGGAGGCGGUCUCCUAGAUACAGAAGAUCCCACUGAGCACAGCGACCUGGCAGCAAAGAUGCCAGACAUUGUUGACCUUUUCCAUCAUGGUGAUCCUGAAUCUUACCUAGAAACUUUGGGUACGUUUGGAAUCCCGGACGGUGUGUACGUUCGAUUCGUUUGUAUCAAAUAUACUUUCACAAUAUCGGUUGAACUCCAUUUGAAUAAAAAAGUCUGUAACAUUAUGUUGAUUAAAGUGUGGCUCCAAUACUA